AUGGUGAUGCGGCGCGUCUGGCAGCCGCCUCAGGACGGGAUCUGGCUUGACAAGAUCAUCCAGACCAACCCAGUGCUCGAGUCCUUUGGCAACGCGAUGACGGUCCGCAACAACAACUCCUCGCGCUUCGGGAAGUGGGUGGAGAUCGGCGUGUCGCAGCGCCUAUCCAUCAAAGGCUGCUCCGUGACGGACUACGGGCUGGAGCUCACCCGCGACAGCUACGUGCCAGGCAGCUUCGCGUACCUCAGGGACUCGCUGUUCCAGGCGCCCGGCGUGAGCGACGAGAAGAAUUUCCAGGAGCUGCAGCAGGGCUUCGACGCCCUCGGCUUCACCGCCAACACCCAGACCGAGGUGUUCCGCAUCGUCAUCGGCAUCCUGACCCUCGGCAACGUGGAGUUCCAGGACGGCGACGGCGGGGCCACCGUGCCCAGCGAGGGCCCGAGCGCCAAGGCGGCCGAGCUGUUCUGCGUCGACGCCGAGGAGCUGCGAAGAUCGAUCGUGGUUCGGAAGAUUAACGUUGCGGGCGAUAUCACCGAGACCUACAGAGAUCCCCCGAAGGCGAGAAGUGCACGCGAUGCACUUGCCCGUCUUCUGUACGGGCGGCUCUUCAAAUGGCUCAUCGCGAAAAUCAACGUCACGCUCUCGACAGGUGAUGGAGCCGUUGAGAGCGACGCCUUCUUCGGCAUCUUAGAUAUAGCUGGAUUCGAGAUGUUGGAGCAGAAUUCGUUGGAGCAGGUCUUUAUCAACCUCAGCAACGAGUUCCUGCAGCGGUUUUUCAAUAUUUCCACGCGGUGGCGGGUUUUUCUUCAAAAGCGAGCAGGCCAGCUAUGCCGAGGAGGGGAUCGAAGUCAAUUUCGACAUUACCUACGCGGAUAA